AUGAAGAUCUUUGUUCAGUCGGCAGACUAUAACAUAUGGAAGAUCAUCAUGAACGGUCCUCAAGUCUCAACCAAAACUGGAGCAGAUGGUGUUGUCAUUUCCAAGAUUGAAGGCAAAUGGAAUGAUGAAGACACAAAGAAGAUAGAACUCAACGCCAAAGCUGUCAACAUGCUAAACUGUGCAAUCAACUUUAAGAAAUACCGAAAGGUAUCAAGGUGCAAAACAGCAAAGGAGAUAUGGGAUAAGCUCCAGGUAACACACGAAGGCACCAUCCAAGUAAAGCAAACUAGAAUAGACAUGCUGUGUAAAGAAUACGAGAUGUUCUCUAUGAAGAAAGGAGAAUCCAUUGAUGAUAUGUUCGAAAGAUUCUCUAUCAUCAUCAAUGGCUUAAAUGCUAUGGAGAUUACACACUCUGAACCCGUGCUCGUUAGAAAAGUUCUAAGAAGUCUCACAAAAGAGUGGGAAACAAAGGCUAUAGUCAUAGCUGAGAAUGGACACUACAAUUUUGACUAUCCCAAACUAAAGAAGGAAGACAAAAUCCACAAAGACAAGAAGAAUGGGCUUAUGGUCUCUUGGAAAGAUCUGAAGAAUGAUUCAGAUGAAGAUGAGGAUUCAGAAAAUAGUUCUUAA